UUAAAAUUCUCACAAUCCAAAAUCCCAGACACCGGUCUGGCUUUGAUCCGGGGAUUAAAUUGAAUCGUCGAUCCUUUUCUACAGUUCCUCAGGAAAAGCCUUCGCCUCUUUCUCUUUUUGCGUUUGGAUUUUGGUGUGAUUGAAUAGUGGUUUGUGUUUGGCAACCGGGAAAACAAGUGAAGCGGGAUUCUGUAAAAACGACGACGGCGACGACGGAUCUGUUGGUGGAGAGUCGGAGUAGCUCUGACUGUCUGGUAGGCCUGGAGUGCUUGCUAGACAUAGUCAGAGCCCUGGGUAUGGGUUCGUGUCUUUCGGUGGAAGGAGCAUCUGCCGGGGCCGGAGGUCUUCUUCCUUAUGGUUCGGCUUCACCAUCAUCACCCGGAGGAAGGAGUAGGGAUAGGAGAAAGAUUCAAAGGACAAUUUCUUCUAAUUCGUCUUCUUCAGCAUCACCUUCUUCUCCCUAUUCCACAAUCGAUUCACAUAUAGAGAAACGGCUUCACCGUGUUCCUGGUCGGAUUUGCUUGAAUGGCUGCUCUGAUGUCACCUCGCUUUUCACAAAGCAAGGGCAAAAGGGAGUCAACCAGGAUGCUAUGAUCGUUUGGGAGAACUACCAUGGGAGAACGCUUCAAGGCGCCUUGACUUGUUUUGCUGAGCCCAAAUCAAUGCUGAUCGAUCCAUUGCAAAAAUAUCCCAGUCAAAGGAAAAGCAACAAAAGAAGUCGAGUUGAUUGCGGAAACAAGAACAAGAGUCUGAAACUUAAGAGCUUGCAGUAUGGCAUUUGUAUUGUAUGUGCCGUUUUGUACAGGAUCAUUAAAGAAAAAAAUGCAAGUGCAACAAUGUUGUCUCUGCCAACAAAACUCAUGGCUAAUGGAUUAUAGGUAUACAUAUUUACUAUAUUUGUGUAAUUAAUUAUUAUGCUAUGUAUGUAUAAAACUCUUAAUAGCUCUAUCAUAAGAAAAAAGAUUAAACAACAGACAUAAACACAAACACACACACCCACACACAUUCAUUAACUACUAAGUAGAAAAAUGGAUUUAACAAGUUAAUAAUUUUGUCUACUCUCAAAUUCUAUUGCACUGUUUUUUUUGUCUUUUGUCUUUUCUGUUGGUACUUUACAGAAAGACAAGCGGACUGGUAGAUAGAUUUUUCUGUUUUUUUGUUUUUGUUUAAAUAUGAAUUUGAAUUAAAUAUAUAUUUUUUGUAUUAAAUAAAUAUAAAUUUGUUUUCUAUUUGAAAGUUAUUUGAAUUAUAUUUAAAUUACUAUUUUUUAUUUUUUAUUUUUUGAAACAGCUAGAUAUUUUUAGUUAGGCCUAUAAAUAUCACCAUGAAUUAAGGAAGCAGUUUUAUAAGAUACUUAUUUUUCAGCCUUUCAUAAACCACUACCACCAUAAUACUCCCCAUGGUUUGAACUUCAAAGCCAGUACCUCGUUGCACCAUUCACGACUUUUGAGGGCAGCACAGUCGCGAGCCACUGUCAUUGACCAAGCUAAAAUUUUUCAAUAUUAGUUUUAUAUAAAGCUGGACAUAAACUUAAACAUAGCUUUAUAUACUCUUAUUUGAAGAUCAAAACUUGGUAUAUAUCCUUGUGUGUCUAUACUAACAUUUCAAAUUAUUAUUUUCUAUUUUAUUACUGUGUACUACAUUACUAUUUUCUAUUUUUUCUUAAUGCAAUCAAUGAUGUUCUUUAGAUGUUUUACUAUUUCCUAAGUCCUAUUGGCUUUUUUAUUUCUUUGGUGUUUGAGAAGUCUAUGCAAUUUGAAUUGGAAUUUAUUUUUUGUAUUAAAUAAAUAUACAUUUUGAAUGGAAUUGGAUGUAGAGCGUUUGUAUGGUCAUUGUCAUUUUUUAUUUACAAUGUUGUUUUUCUUGUAGGUUCCUGCUAUUUAUUGUCGGUUUAGAUUAUUUGUGUCGUACUCUCCAUUUGAAUAUCAGGUAUUUUUUUACUCAUUUUAAUUUAUAUUUAUUAAUGUAUUUACUGUGAUAUUUAGAUUAUUUGUGUCGGUUAAGCACAUUAUAACUAAAUUAAUAUUUGAACUUCUUGCAUAUUCAUACUAACCGUUACAUAUUUUGUAUAAAUUAUUAGUGCAAUGACAUAUGUACAACUCGACGAUGGUACAGAGUUGCUAGAUGCUGUGAUGUUCGGUGAUGUUGCAGAAAACAUAUUCUCAUGUACUGCAGUUCAAUUAAGAUCAUAUUCGGACGAGAAACAUAAGUGGUUUGUCCAAAAAACUACGAAGCAAUUAUCAGCCAAAAAAUGGAGAAUUCAGUUGUACGUAGAUGCAAACCGAACAAUGACUUCAAAGUACAAUCAGUUCACCAUUCAAGCAGUUGAACCAAUGGAAGAUUAGGCAGAAGUUACUUUUUUUUUUUUUUACAGUAAUUUUAUUUUAUUUAGUGUUGAGACUUUUCUUGGUGCCGAGCUUCUUUUUCUUUCUCUUGACUUGUUAUUUAUGGAUUUACAUGGAGUAGUGUAUGCAAGUAUUUCAUAUACCCAAUUUUCUAAAAGUAAAUAAUAAGUAUUAUUUUAUUA